AGAGCCCCAGGGACCUUUCCCCUCUUUCUUUCUUUUUCUUUUCCCUCCCCUUUUUCUUUCUCCUUUUUGUCCUCCCCACCUCACUUUGUCUUCUAGGAGCCUUAGUUUGGAGGUGAGGAAGUUUGGAGCCUCCUCCCGUAGGUCUCCAGGAUGUAGAGUCAGAGUUUUUCCACCCCCCUGGCAGGAUGAUGGCAUCGCAAAGCUCUCAGGUGGCCUUAGGGCUUCCUUCCCAGCCCGGCUGCGGCAGCAGACCUGUGCCCUCCGUCCCGGCGCUGCAUCUCCUCCCAGCACGGAGCCGCCUGCUCGCCCUGCUCAGCCAGGAGAGCUUCCAGAGCUUCAGCGGGAGCUUCGGGGACGUGAGCUGUGCGGCGGGAGCUGAGGCUGGGGACGGCAAAUACUCCUCCACCGACCCGCAGCUGGUGCGGAAGAUUGUGUCCCAGGUGGAGUUCUACCUCUCCGACGAAAACCUGGCCAAGGAUGCUUUCCUCCUGAAACACAUCCAGAAGAACAAGAUGGGAUUCGUCAGCAUCAAGCUGCUGACCUCCUUCAAGAAGGUGAAGUACCUGACCCGGGACUGGCGGCUCAGGCUCUAUGCCCUCCGCUUCUCGGAGCUGCUGGAGGUGAACGAGGCAGGCACCAAAGUCAGGCGCCGGAUCCCCGUCCCGGAGUCCCUGCUGAGCAUCCCCCCUAGCAAACUGCUGCUGGCCUGGGAUCUGCUGCCCCAGGAGCAGGGCAUGCUGCCGCUGUUCCAGAGGAGGUUCCUGGAGACCAUCACCAGGGUGUUCACCCCCUUCGGCCCCAUCGCCUCCAUCCGCAUCCUGCGGCCGGGCCGCAAGCCGCCCUCCGACGUGCGGAAGCUCUCCCAGCGCUUCCCCGAGCUGCUGAGCAAGUGCUGCGCCCUGGUGGAGUACGAGAGCCUGGAGAGCGCCCGCAGAGCCUUCCAGGACCUCGCCCCCCGCAGCUACCCGGGCGGGCAGAGCAUCAGAGUGGUCCAGCUCUGCGGGAAAGGCUUCAAGAAGAAACCUGGAGCCGAGAGGGAGACGUCAGAGGAGGAGCAGCUGGGCUGGAAGAUGCCAGCAGCGGACGCGACCUCCGCCUAUGGCAGCAGCGGCUCCCUGGAGUCAGACAGCACCCUGCAGCUGUCACCCCCCGUCCUGAGCAAGGACCCCCCAGCACCCACCUGGCCUGGGGAUGAUUUCAAGCCCAGCAGCUUCGGCAGCGGCUUCACCGGAUCGCUCUUCAGCAGCGAAGUCUUCCCUCCGCUCUGGACGGGGUUGGGCACCGGCAGCGGCUCCGGCUGCGGCUGGGGCAAUGGGGGCAGCGUUUGGGCACCUUGGAGCAGCCACUCCCUUCCCGAGGCCAAACCUGCUCCUGGCAAACCCCCGGCAGUCAAGUAGGCACCCGAGCACAUCGGCUCCGACGGCACCGAGGGCUUCUAAGGCAGCUUCGGGAGCGGAGGGCUCGGCCGGCGGCGCUGAGGCUCCUUUGCGGCUGGGUUUGGCGAUUUGGGUUUCUUUCUUUCUUGGUUUCCUUUUUGCUUUCCUCCUCGAGCAGAAUAAUUCUCUGUGGCCCUGAAUGCUGUGGGUGGUGGUGGCGAUGAUGCAGCUGCUCCGGGGACAGGACUGUUUUGGGGGCAAGGCAGCGAGCAGGGGGCGCUGAGCAGCAUCAGGCACCGGGAGCUGCACCGCGUCCUGGCGAGCGAGCCGCAGCCUUGCCCCGGGGGGAGCCAGAGAGGUUCCCACCGCCUCAGCAGUGGCACUGGGACUGUCCUAAGGAAGGGGCUCGGCCCCACAAGCCCUGGCACUGGGGCACUGCCCCGACGCUCACCCUGCAGCUGCUGCUUCCCCAAGGAUCCGGGGGCUGCAUCGACCCCAGGUUGUGGAGCUGGGCUGGGAAAUGGCCAAUAAAGAGAUGAAGCUCUCAGGCA